AUGCACCGUGAGUUCUUUGAUCUUUUAAAGCAUACUGGAUUUGGUUGGGAUGCUGAAACUAACACAGUGCAUGCUCUAGAGGAAACCUGGCAAAAUUACAUUCGGGCACACCCAAAUGCAAAAAGAUUCCGCUCAAAGGGAUGCCCAAACUACAACUUGUUGGGAUUGAUCUUUAAUCCAUCAACAGCAACCGGUGCCCUCCACUACUCUUCCACCCAAGAUCCACCAAACACUGAUGAUGAAGAUGAGAUGGAUGACAAUUUGGAACAUGGUGGAGUGCAUGUGGAUGUAGAUACUGAGAUCCCUGAUGAUCCUCCACAACCAGAAAUGGCAGGAGGAGUGACCACCCGUUCUGGAAAGCGUGUAACUGAUUCUCUAUUAGAGCGUAAAGGUAAGAAAGAAUCCAGAUUAAGUCAAAUGGGAGAUGCUUUGAAAGCUUGGGUUGAGGCAUCAAAGGCUAGAACAGAAACAUCUCGAGCUAGAACUGAGGCAUUAUUGGCUAGAGUGGACAGAUAUAAGAGUGGAACUAGUAGUGAAGCAACUAGUGGAGGUACCACUGAUUUUAGCAUAACAAGGUGCAUGGCAGCCUUACAAACCAUUGAACUGUUAGAUAAUGACAAAUAUUUAAAAGCUGUUGAGAAAUUCACAAUGCCGGAGUGGAGAGAGAUAUUUAUGAAUAUGCCUGAUGAGAGGAAAAUGGCACGGCUUGAUAGACUUUAA